AUGAUCUCCUCAACUGUCUCUCGAAGUUCGAUGCGGAUUGUUGCUCUCCCUCUAACGCGAAUCAACACGUCGGCGACGAUAAAACUGCCCCGUCCAACCUUCUAUCGAUUCAAUAUAACGCCCCCACCGCCUAAGCCUUUGCUGCCGCGAACAGGGUGGUUGGCGGACUAUCUACCGCAAGAGGGAAUUGGUAAAUGGGUGUCGAACAAAGCCAACCAGACGUGGAUUAGCUGGGGCGCAGCGCCAGAAGGGAGCAUUAAGGUGCGCGUCUCAGUUAUCUGCUUCCCUCCACACAAACUUGCAACCAGCAACCUUGAUUUCGAGGAGACAAAUUUGAAGAGCCUCGAUCUUUCCAUCGCCCCGCCACUCCAUGCUCAAGAGAAAGCCCAUGAUAUUCCGCUUUUCUAUCCACCAACUAUGCUAUCCGGUCCACAAUCACUAGAAAAUCUGAAGACACUGGUGGAGCAACGAAUACCGAUACAUAGUCGCGGCAUAUACCUGUGGAUCUUUUUUGGUGUCCUCUCCGCCCCGCUGAAGCUUAUUCCUAUAAUACCUAAUUUUCCGUUUUACUUCUGCGCCUGGCGAACAUGGUCUCAUGUCAAAGCCCGUCGUGCUGCCCGAUAUAUCAAGUCUCUCAUAGACAGCAAACGUGUCGUUCCGGAGGCACUGCAUGAUCUGACUGCUGUCUAUGUCGGAGCAGCUACCGAGGCGAUAACUGAACGAGAAACAUUACAGCGGGCAGUACGGUCCCUGGGAAUGUCGGCGGAUGAAGAAAAGGCGCUGUUCCAGGCACAAGAGCAAGUUGUCAAACGACGAGCAAAUGCAAAGAAGACUAAGAUAAUGUAA